AUGACACAGCGCCUAAAGCUCAGCAGCAACAACCUCUCCACCAUUGCGUCACAGCAAGGAGACCAGAAGGUUCAGGUCCCUACCUACGACCGCAAGGCGCUCAAGGAGGGCAUCGUUCACGUCGGAGUCGGCGGUUUCCACAGAGCCCAUUUGGCUGUGUACGUUGACAAGCUGCUCGAGAAGCACGGUGAGACCGAUUGGGCCAUCUGCGGUAUCGGCCUGCGACCCAAUGAUGCCGCCAUGCGCGAUGUCCUCAACGCACAAGACCACCUCUACACUGUGAUUGAGCGCUCUGCAAAGGGCAGCUUCGCCGACGUCGUCGGCAGCAUCAACUCCUUCAUUUUCGCUCCCGAUGACCGUGAGGCUGUUAUCGCCAAGAUGGCUCAUCCCGACACACACAUCGUCUCUCUUACUAUUACUGAGAGUGGCUACUACUACAACGAGAACACCCAUCAAUUGGUGAGCGAUCACCCUGACAUCCAGCACGAUCUCAAGCAGGAGAACGAGAACGCGCCCAUCAGCACAUUCGGCUUCCUCUACGCCGCUCUUGCCCGCCGUCACCAGCAGGGUCUCAAGCCCUUCACCGUUCUGUCCUGCGACAACAUGCAGAAGAACGGUUCCAUCACCCGUAACAUGCUCGAGUCUUUCGCCAAGCUCAAGAACCCUGAGCUUGCCAAGUGGAUCGCUGAGGAGGGUGCUUUCCCCAACGCGAUGGUUGACCGCAUUACCCCCAGCACCUCUGAGAACGACAUCAAGUCGCUUGCCGAGAACUUCGGUAUCGAGGACUCUUGGCCCGUUGUGACCGAGCCCUUCAUGCAGUGGGUCGUUGAGGACAAGUUCUGUGACGGCCGCCCUCCCUUCGAGAAGGUCGGUGUGCAGGUUGUCCAUGACGUUCACGACGUUGAGCAAUUCGAGAAGCACAAGCUUCGUCUCCUCAACGCCUCCCACUCCGCUAUGGCUUACCCCGGUCAGCUGGCUGGUUUCAAGUACGUCCACGAGGUCAUGGAGCAUCCCAUCUACCGCAAAUUUGUCUGGCAGAUGAUGCAGGAGGAGGUCAAGCCCCUUCUCCCUGAGAUCCCCGGCGUCGACAUUGACCAGUACUGCAACACCCUGAUGGAGCGUUUCUCCAACCCCACUAUCAUGGAUCAGAUUCCUCGCGUUGCCCUCAACGCCUCCGGCAAGAUCCCCCAGUUCAUCAUGCCCUCCAUUGCCGAGAACAUCUGGGUUACUGGCCCCUUCCGCCGCCUGUGUUUCGUCGCCGCCGGCUGGUUCAUCUACAUCAAGGGUGUCGAUGAUAAGGGCAACAAGUUUGAGGUCGACGACCCUAUGAAGGAGAAGCUUCAGGCUCUUGCCAAGGAAGGCGGCCCCGACCCCCGCUCUAUUUUGUCCGUGCGAGAGCUGUUUGGUGACGAUUUGCGAGGUGACCAGCGCUUCCUCGACGAGGUCACCAAGGCCAUGGAGCUGAUUACUAAGGACGGUGUCAUGGAGACUAUCCCUAAGUACGUCAGCUAA